AUGGGAUACGAUGAGGACAGACAUGACAUAGAGGUCAGUGUGAACAGCAGGAACCCCAGGGCUCAGAUCUGUGUUCUCCCAGAAUCCUCUGUUCUUCCAGAAGAUCUGCCUCCUGCACCUGAGUUCACCUUCUACAACAGUCUGCAGCUCUUGGACCGCCCCCACGGUGUCAUCUGUGAUGUCAUUGGUUUACUGACGUUCUCAGGACGUCCAGAGCGAAUCAGGACUAAAGACGCUCAUGGGGUGGAGUUUUUUUUGGAGUACCGUUGGCUCCGAUUGGAGGACGGCAGCAGCGAUUAUCCAGUCAUGGUGAAGCUCUUCUCGACGUCUCAACCUGACGUUCAGCGUCAGCUCCACCCAUUGUCUGUGGUGGUCUGCAGCCGAGUGAAGGUGAUCAGAGUGGACCAGCACCAGUACCUGAGGAACACCACCUACACACAGGUCUACUGCACAGGUCAGGGCCACCACUCAGUGAUGGGUUAUCGUAAGCUCCACCCAGUCCGAGACUUCAUCCGGUGGCUGCGGAGUCAGGAUGACAGACAGGUGCAGAGCAGGGCUCUGGUUGGAGGAUUCUUUGUGUACCCGCCCCCUCCCGUUUCCUUGGAGACGUUCAUGAAACAUCACAGAGGUUCUCCAGGUUUCCUGCAGGGGGCGGAGCUUCAGGCAGAGAUAGAAAGACUCUGUUAUCGAGAGCGACGAACCUUCUGUAUCCAGGCAACGGUUACCAUGGUUACACACUGCCGCGCAGGACAGGAGGACCGCUGUCUCUUCUGGACCUUCAGACCGUCCCCCGUCCCCUGGUCCUCCUCUGGUCCUGGUUUCUCUAAACCCUCCCCCUCCCUGUCCUCCUCCUCCUCUGUCCUUCCUCCUCUCCUCUCCUCCUCUUCCUCCCCUUUACCUCCGGCCUCUCCGUCGUCAACUGUCAAUCAGCUGACGCCCCGCCCCCUGGACCGCAGAUCAGGAUGUGUGAAGAGGAGGCUGUCCUUCGAAAGUCCAAGGAAGAGACGUCCACGGGUCACAGUGGAACCGGACCAGAACAAGGACACAGUCAUUCUGUUUCAGGCCUCCAUGGAGUUUCUGGAAAACGCUGACGACACUGACGAAGACCACGCCCAUGACAGCGACAACUCGUCUUUCGUGACCGCCCCCCUUCUCCCCACCUUCCCUCCGGUUGCCAUGGAGACGUUACCCAUGUAUUAUGACCACGAGCACCGGGAGGAGCAGGCGGUUACCGUGGCGAUGGGAGGGAAGACGUCCAAGAACUUCAACCUGGCCAUCGAAGAAUAUUACACACUGAGAAUUAGAGCUCUUUCAGGUGUGUCCUUUGACGUGGUCUUCCUUCCUGACUCCGCCCCCUCGUUGCUCCAUCAUUCCAACACCUGGAGCUCCAUCCUGUCACACAGAGCCUUCAGCUCACACACACCUGCACCUGCACCAGCUGACCUCAUCGCCAUGGCGCCUCAGCUGACCAAUCAGAGGCUGGUGUGUGUCGUGGAGGCGUGUCAUCUGGGCGGAGCCAGAACUGAACUGGUCCUGGUUCGAGCCUUUCCUCUGUCCGGCUGAGGGGCUGAUGGGAACUGUGGUUUUUUAGGAACCGCUCAUGGAUGCACUUUAUGACAGGAAGAUGAAGCUGAAGCUGAGGAUGAUGGGAGUUGUAGUUCUGGGACCUUAGAACUGAACUACAUGUAAAACCACACCCAGUGUUAGAUAGAAGCCUUUCUAACCUGAGCCAUGAAUGCCUCUGUGCUGAUGGCAUUUGUAGUUUUUUGUUUUUUUUUUUACCUAAAUUGUUUCCUUUGAAGGUAUUUUGUCCAAAAUGACGCUACAUUAGUUCUGUAAAGGUUUAAAGUUCUGUAAAUGCACAGAUUGUGUAGAUUUGUUGUGUGUUUUCCAAACCCAAAGGGAGUUGAACUGUGUUGAAUUAUUAACCGUCUGAGGUGAAUUAACUGCAUGUAUACUGACUUUAGCCGCGCUCAUAUUCUUAUUUCAUCUGCACUUUUAUGUUUUGUUUCUUCAAAAGUUUAUAAGUUGAACAGAAAAAAACCUUCAGUGUCUUUAAGUUUUGUGCCAAAAAGUUUCAUUGUAUUUUGUUUUGCACUCGUUCCAUAUUUAUUUAACACUUUGACACUUUAACCAUUAAUGUGAAACACUCAACAUGUUUUCUUUUUUAAUGUUUUAUUGAUUAUUUUGGAGUUAAAGGUGCUUUAUUUUCUGAAAGUACCAAUAAACUCAGUUGUGGUUUU